GCGUCCCGCACCCAUACUCAGUCCGUACUCUUCGCUGUCAACACCGAGGAAGAGGAGGAAGAAAACGAGGAUAAAUAGCGCGAGCAGUGUUAAAAUUCCGCAAUUUGUUUAAUAUUCCGUGAAAUAUGACGACGGCAGCCAGGCCGACCUUCGAACCCGCCAGAGGAGGGCAGGGACGCAGUGAGAAGGAUCUCAGCGCGAUCUCGAAACAAUACAGCAGUAGAGACUUGCCAUCGCAUACGAAGCUCAAGUACAGAGAACAUGGCCAAGGAACAAUUGACGAAUUGCGGAACCGCGAAUUUAGGAAGGAGCUGGAGGAAAGAGAACGGGGGGCAGAGAAGGAUAAAGGCUCGAAUCGUCGCGCUAUUGAAUCCUCCAGAGAAUCGACCGCGUCCAGCGCGAAAAGACAGAAACUAGAUCAGGUGCCCACGGCCAGUUUGGACGCGGAUGAUCCACUCGACGAUGAUUCGGAAUCUGAUAGUGACGAGGAUGAUGCCGCGGCGCUCUUGGCUGAACUUCAGAGAGUGAAAAAGGAGCGAGCUGCAGAACAGGCUAAACAGGAAAUGGAGAAACGCCAAGAGGAGGAGAGGAUUCGUAUGGAGAACAUCCUUUCUGGAAAUCCCUUACUGAAUUACUCUUCGCAGAGUGGUAGAACGGAUAUGAAAGUGCGAAGACGUUGGGACGACGAUGUCGUUUUCAAAAAUUGUGCACGCCCCGAGCCGAAAAACGACGUAUUUAUUAACGAUUCCCUGCGAAGCGAAUUCCAUCGCAAAUUUAUGGAGAAGUAUGUUAAGUAAUUUAUAUUAUUGGUACGUUGCGAUGUAAAUAACUUUGUAUCUCGAAUAAUUUUUUCCACUAUGCGAUAUUGUGUAAUAUUACGGAACAUUACAUGUAUAUUAUAUUAUAGACUAUUAUAGAAUAAAGAAGCGUCUCGUCUUAACUCUCA